AACAGCUCCGAUUAGAGGCCCAUUUGAGCCCUGCCUCCAAUCGUCAACACAGUCGCUGUGUGACUUGCAGAUCCCUCAGAGGUGCCAACACCUUACGUCAUUUGAGAGUGAUGUCCCAGGCAAAGCACUCAGAUUCAGAAGCAGCAGUAGAUGAGAUGAGGAGAUCAGAGGGCCAGGGAUUAGCAUCGUCACAAGCCCUUGCUGAUGACGCCAUCAUCUGGGCUAGUCUCCAUGGACUGCUCGUGGGUCUGGGGGACGAGCAACGCCCCUACGCCCUCACGCACGCACCCAUCUCAGUCGUGCCAGUCCCCUUCCCGAGGGACAGCUUCCAGAAGGCCCGCGCAGCCAUGCAGGUCUUUAACAAGCUCAUUGACCGCGUCAGCCGCGAUGGAGAUUACCUGCAGCGAACCCUGCAGCCUGCAGCAGAGUUUGAUGACUUCACGGCAAAGCUGCUGGAGGUGUACAGGCAUACAGAAGGUAUCAGGAAUGCCCGCGCAGCUGAUGAACUAGUCCUGGCCAUCAACCGUUCUGACUACAUGCUGGAUGAGCCAUCCAGCACCCUCCUGCAGGUGGAGCUGAACACCAUUGCAUCGUCCUUUGGGUGCCUGAGCACGCUGGUCAGCCGUAUGCACCGGCACAUAUUAGAGCGCUCUGCGCAGCCCGGGGUGGACCUGGGCAGACUUCCUGAGAACCAUGCGACGGAAGAGAUCGCGGACGCCAUCGGUGCUGCCGUGAGUGAAUAUGGCGCGGAGGAAUCUGUGGUUCUCUUUGUUGUGCAGCCCAACGAGCGCAACAGCUAUGACCAGCAGUGGCUGCAGCAGGCGAUCUGGGAGCGACACAAGAUUCGUACUGUUCGCUUGACACUGGCACAAAUAGCUGAGCGAGGAGCGCUUGAUGCAAACGGCCAGCUCAGGGUGGAUGACGCGGAAGUGGCUGUGGCAUACUUCAGGGCUGGUUACUCACCCGAUGACUACCCCACAGAUUUAGAAUGGAAGGCCAGGGAGAUGCUGGAGAGCAGCCGGGCGGCGCAGUGCCCGUCGGUGCCGUACCAGCUGGCAGGUGCCAAGAAGGUGCAGCAGGAUCUGGCAGGGCCGGGCGUUGUGGAGCGCUUUGUGGACGGCCCCGAGGAAGCUGCCCUCAUCCGCGCCUGCUUUGCCGGCCUGUGGAGCCUGGAUGAUGUGGAAGAGGCGGCCACAGCGGAGGUGCUGGCGCGCGCAGAGGCCAGCCCAGAUGACUACGUGCUCAAGCCGCAGCGCGAGGGCGGCGGCAACAAUCUCUAUGGGGCCCAGAUCGUGCAGAGGCUGCAGCAGCGCACCGGUCUGGCCGCCUACAUCCUCAUGCAGCGCAUUCGGCCGCCCAUCAACAGGUCGACGCUGGUGAGGGAGGGCCAGGUGAUAGAGGUGGACACGCUAUCAGAGCUGGGCAUCUAUGGGACCUUUGUCCGGAGGGGGGACAGAGUGAUCCUCAACAGGGAGGCGGGGCACCUGGUGCGGACCAAGGCGGCCACUUCAGAUGAGGGCGGCGUCGCUGCCGGCUUUGCCGUCCUGGACAGCCCCUACCUGACCGGCUGACUUGUCUGUGCAUUAAUUCGUCUCGCUGUGUCCUGUCCUCUUGCCAUGCUGGACAGCCCCAACCUGACUGGUUGAUUUGUCUCUGCGUUUGAUUUGUCUGGCUGUGUCGUGUCCUGUUGCCGUGCUUGCGGAAGGCUGUUGCCACAAUUGGCUUCCCAGGCCAGCCUGAGGUAGGCCCUCUGAUUUUGGUAGUCAGGGAACUGAUAACAGGUCUACUAGGAUCUAGGACCUGGGACCCUAAUUGUGACCUUCAAUUUCUCGAGCGACUCUUAAUCUAGUCCUGAGUGCAUAAGCAUGUUGGUAUUGCAGACUAUUCCAAAUAUGUUGAGAACCAGUAUCAGUACAAUUUGAAGUUGCUGCCUGCUAGCAUUGCAUGCAUGCAAGCUCCCUGGGCCGGUACUGGCCGGUAGAUUGCUCAUGAAAGGCCUCUUUAAAGCUUCACUGAGUC